CUUUAGUAUUUCUCUCCACGCACGAGUAUUAAUCAAAAAGUGUUUCACGGGUGGAAAGAGUGGGAGAAAGUACCCUGCUUUGCAUUUAAUUUGAAGUCAAUACUAACACAAACAGCUGUGUCAUUUAAUGUGAUCAAAUAAUAACCACACAACCAUGAACCAUGUCCUCCUCGUACGAACCUCAGCUCAGAAAAACAACACUAGAUCAAUUGGAAAUACAGAAACAAAAUACAACGUAAUUAAAUCUAAAAAUGGCCUUCUUUACUUAUAUCAUCGCCCACACCAUUCUCCUCUCUUCACUCUUCCUUACUGGUGGACAUUCAUUACAACAAUCUUUAAACGAUGGCACUACUUUGGUUUCCAAAGAAGGAACCUUUGAGCUGGGAUUUUUUAGUCCUAAUCGAAAUUCCAACAACAAUCGUUAUUUGGGAAUUUGGUACAAAAACGACCCAGCUCGAACUGUCGUUUGGGUUGCAAAUAGAUGCAACCCCAUCAACGGUUCAACUGGUUUUUUACUCAUAAACAACACCGGAAAUCUAGUGCUUUUCAACAACAACAAUAGUAAAGUCGUGGUUUGGUCAUCAUCAUCAUCAUCAUCAAAACAAGCCAAGAAACCAAAGUUAGAGUUAUUAGAAUCAGGAAAUCUUGUUGUGACUGAUGAAGACACAUUUUUAUGGCAAAGCUUUGAUUAUCCUUCAGAUACUUUGUUAUCAAGUAUGAAAGUGGGACCAUACUUGAACAGUGGUAAUGGUCUAGACAGGAGUGUAUCGGCAUGGAAGAAUUGGGAUGACCCUUGUCCAGGAGAUUUCAUUUGGAGAAUUGAAGUUAGUAAGAAUCAGUUACUACUAGAAUCUAUAUAUAGAAAAGGUACCAAAGUGGUGUUUCGAUCUGGGCCAUGGAAUGGUGUAACAUUUAGUGGUGCCCCUGCUUUAGGGCCUAAUAUGCUUUUCACUUACUCUGUUGUACACAACGAUAAAGAAGCCUAUUUCACCAUGAAUAUCAAGAAUAGAUCAACCAUGGUAAGAGCAGUGAUGAAUCAAACCACUGCAACUUGGAACCACUUCACAUGGAUUCAAACUGAAAAGACAUGGAGGAGUUUCUUUACUAUUCCUUCUGAUAAAUGUGACCACUACAAUGCUUGUGGUCCUAAUACCAAUUGUGUAGUGAGUGACUUUAAUAAUUGCCAAUGCUUAAAGGGUUUCAAACCCAAGUCUGAGCAACAGUGGAGUAUUAUGGAUUGGUCUCAAGGUUGUGAAAGAAAGACUCCAUUGAUAUGUCAAGAUAAAUAUAAAGAUGGGUUUGUGAAGCUUGAUGGGGUCAAAUUGCCUGAUACUGUACAUUCAUGGGUCAACAAUGAGAUUUAUAGCUUGAAUGAGUGUAGGAAGAAAUGCUUGGAAAAUUGUUCUUGUAUGGCUUAUUCCAACAUAGAUAUUAGAGGAGAAGGCAGUGGCUGUAUUAUCUGGUUUGGUGAUUUAAUUGAUAUUAGACAAAUGCCAGGAGGUACACAAGAUCUGUAUUUUCGUUUGCCCGAAUCAGAAAUAGAAAGAGAAGGACAAUAUAAGGUGGAAAGAACAGCAGUGAUUGUUGCAGCUGUUGGAGGUGUUUGUUGCAUUUUCAUACUUAUUGCUUGUUGCAUCUACAGGAGGCAAUACUUGAAAGAUAGGAGAGAAAGAAGAGAAACACUUACAAAUACGAGUAGAGGAGAAGAGGAGGAAGACAUGGAGCUUCCAUUGUUUAAAUUGUCUACCAUUAAUACUGCAACUGAUUUCUUCUCUUUUAGCAAUAAACUUGGAGAAGGUGGUUUUGGUCCGGUUUAUAGAGGUAUGCUAGAAGACGGACAACAAAUUGCUGUUAAGAGGCUAUCAUUAAGUUCGGGACAAGGCGUAAAUGAGUUCAAAAAUGAAGUAAAGUUAAUUGCAAAGCUUCAACAUCGAAAUCUCGUAAGGCUUUUAGGUUGUUGCAUUGAGGGAGAAGAGAACAUGUUGAUUUAUGAAUAUAUGUCCAACAAAAGUCUUGACUUUUUCAUUUUUGACCAAAAGCAAGAAACUCGACUAGACUGGUCAACACGCUUCCAAAUUAUUUGUGGAAUUGCUAGAGGCCUUCUAUAUCUUCACCAAGAUUCUAGGUUGAGAAUUAUACAUAGAGAUCUUAAAGCGAGUAAUGUUUUACUUGACGAUGAUAUGAAUCCCAAGAUUUCAGAUUUUGGCUUGGCUAGAAUUUUUGGAGGAGACCAGAUUGAAGACAAGACAAGCAAAGUUAUAGGAACCUAUGGUUACAUGGCUCCUGAAUAUAUUUCUGAUGGACUAUUCUCAGUAAAAUCAGAUGUUUUCAGCUUUGGUAUAUUGGUAUUAGAGAUUGUAAGUGGAAAGAAAAAUAGAGGUUUCCCCAAAGAAAAUAAUGGUCUCACCCUCAUCGGAUAUGCAUGGACAUUACUAAAAGAAAGCAGGCUUAUAGAUUUGGGUGAUAAGUACUUAAUCAACUCAAAUGACAUUGAUGUAGAUAAAAUGUUACGAUGUAUCCACAUUGGCCUCUUAUGCGUGCAACAAAUUUCUGGGGACAGACCAAACAUGUCAUCAGUCAUUUUUAUGUUGAAUAGCCAAAACAAGUUGCCUGAGCCCAAAGCACCUGCCUAUUUCAUGCAGAUGGGUUCAAUUAAAGGAGACACUUCAUCCAGUAAACCUGAAUCAUCUUCCACAAAUGAUAUAAGCAUUACUUUGCUUGAUGCUCGUUAAUUUUUAAUGCAUAUAAUCAACACAUUAGGUAAAUUUUUCAUAAGUUUACCUAAUGUAGAGAAUAGGAAAAAAAAAUUGUCUUAUAUUUUUUCAUAUGUGGUAAAUAUAUUGUUUUUGGUUCUA